UCAUUCCCUUCCCUCCCUCUGUUUCACAAACCCCCAAAUUCCUCUUUCUCUCUUCCAACAUUUUCCGUUAUGAAGCAGCUCAUCCGCCGUCUCUCCCGUGUCGCCGACUCCUCCCAAUCCCACUACUGCCUCCUCCGCCCCACCGACGCCGUCGCCGCCCAACGCCCCGGCCGUGCUCACUCCUUCCGCGCCGCCGCCGCUAACAAAUUCCGUCGCUCCAGAUCGGAAGGUGCCGUUCCGGUUCCUCAAGGCCACGUCCCGGUCUACGUCGGCGACGAGAUGGAACGGUUCGCCGUCAGCGCCGAGUUACUCAACCACCCGGUUUUCGUAACUUUACUCGAGAAAUCGGCUCAAGAGUACGGUUAUGAACAGAAAGGAGUUCUUCGAAUCCCCUGUCACGUGCUGGUUUUCGAACGAGUACUUGAAGCUAUCAGAAUCGGUGACCACGACUCACGUGAUCUCAACGAUCUUCUUUCUUCUCUCUCCGGCGAUUUCCUCUAGGGCAGUCGUGAAUUACCCUUUUUCUGUUUUUAAUUUUUCCUUUUCUUUGUAGACAUCGAUGGAUGGAUGGAUGGAUGGAUCGUCUUCUUGGUUUUGAUGUAAAUAUAAAACACCCUUCCUUCGGAGAAGACGAUACGAGAUUUUGAUUUUGCCUUUUUGUUUUUCUUUUUUGGAAGGAUGAAUUUGAUACUCCAUGGAUUGAAUUGGACUGUGAAAAUACUGAAAUCAAAUCGGAAUUUCUAUA